AUGGAUUGUAAUCAGAUUUGUAAUACACGUAUAAAAUUGAAUCAAUUUUUACGUGAAUUUCUGGAUCAUUGUUUCAAAGAUGAAGAUUAUAUUAUCAAAGAACAACAUUUAAUUGAAAAACUUUGUGGUAUUCUUAAUACAAAUACUAACAAAACAUCUGUCUUUUAUAUUGAUAAUGAUUAUUCAUUUAGCCAAAUAAUACUUUACGGAAACGAAUGGUUGAUGGCAACUCUAGAAAUAACAAUAUUUCUUUUCCUUUUAACUUUAUACGAUAAUUAUAUAUUAGCUGCUGCAAUUACAUUUAUACUAUCACAGUUAUUUAUGAAAAUUAUGAAACAUAAUGGAAGAAACAAUUUAAGCAGUAAAACAUUAUUAGAUGAAAGAUUUUUAAUGUAA